UGUCCAUAUUAUGCAGAAAAAAUUCGGAUACCUUUAAAACGACCUAUCAAUACUAUCCAAAAUCCCCAACUUUCCCCACGUUAACGAACAUUUCCCCUUCUCUUAAUCCCAUCGAAUUGCUUACUAAACCCUAGAGAUCUCCUCAUCAAUCAAGGGUCCCGGAUCUGAAGGGGCUUGUUGUGAGUGAAUUGAUUUGUUCUCUUCAGAUUAAACAAAGAGAUUUUGUACCAUUUAUCUGUUGAUUGAGAAGAAGCUGCAACAAUGGCGAAGGAAUCGGCAAAUGGGGAGCAGAAGAUCACGAGGCCGCCUCCGACCCCGUCGCCUCUCCGCUUCUCUAAAUUUUUCCAGGCCAAUUUGCGGAUACUGGUUACAGGAGGAGCUGGAUUCAUUGGGUCCCAUUUGGUGGAUAAGUUGAUGGAGAAUGAAAAGCAUGAGGUCAUUGUCGUGGAUAACUUUUUCACUGGAUCGAAAGACAACCUUAGAAAAUGGAUUGGCCAUCCAAGAUUUGAGCUCAUCCGACAUGAUGUUACGCAACCGUUGCUAGUGGAGGUUGAUCAAAUCUAUCAUCUUGCUUGCCCUGCUUCUCCGAUAUUUUAUAAAUACAAUCCUGUGAAGACCAUAAAGACCAAUGUGAUCGGCACACUAAAUAUGCUGGGCCUUGCGAAGAGGGUUGGUGCACGGAUCUUACUUACCUCAACCUCUGAGGUUUAUGGUGAUCCUCUUGAGCAUCCUCAGAAGGAAGAGUACUGGGGCAAUGUCAACCCCAUUGGAGUUAGGAGCUGCUACGAUGAGGGGAAGCGUGUGGCAGAGACUUUGAUGUUUGAUUAUCAUAGGCAGCAUGGCAUAGAAAUCCGAAUUGCUAGGAUUUUCAAUACAUAUGGACCACGCAUGAACAUUGAUGAUGGUCGUGUUGUGAGUAACUUCAUAGCUCAAGCACUGCGUGGUGAACCCUUGACUGUUCAAGCACCAGGAACACAAACUAGAAGCUUCUGCUUUGUUUCUGACAUGGUUGAUGGCCUUAUUCGGCUUAUGGAAGGGGAUAACACAGGACCUAUUAACUUGGGGAACCCAGGUGAAUUCACCAUGAUGGAGCUUGCUGAAACUGUCAAGGAGUUGAUUGACCCGAAUGUACCACUGAAGACAGUGGAGAACACGCCUGAUGAUCCGCGACAGAGAAAGCCGGACAUCUCAAAGGCCAAGGAACUACUCGGAUGGGAGCCGAAGAUUACCCUGCGCGAGGGUUUGCCGCUCAUGGAAGAUGAUUUCCGGCUGCGGCUCGGUGUGCCAAAGAAGACCAACAAAUAAACCCACUUGUUCCGCGGACUACAUUGCUGCAGCACAUUAUGCCGUCCUCCGCCACCAUAAUAGGCUUCAUCGCAAUAAGCUAUUGGAUAGUGGUUUUUAUAAUAAACACAUUACAUCGCUAGGAUAUCCUUAGUUCUUUAAAGGAGGUUUUACGAUUACAGAUGGAGUUGGUGAUCUCAAAAACUGUUUCCUGUGCUUUGGGAUUUUCUUCCCCCUUGUUUGGAAUUGGUUAUAACAGCACCUGCUAUUCCUAUAUAUCUCCUUUGAUAGUUCUUCUAUCAGUUCUACAUUUCACUAUGUUUUUUGUUUCGAGAAACCUGUAGUUAGUUAAUACCCAGUUUGUUAAUCUACUAUUCCAUAUGACUAA